AUGGACAGGUUUGCGGUCAAGUCUCUAGAUCACUUGGUCUUAACUGUCCGCUCCAUUCCGGAGACAGUUGCAUUCUACACAGAGCAUCUUGGUAUGCGACACGAGAUCUUCACUUCGCCACUUAACCAGAGUAUCCAAAGACACGCACUCGUGUUUGGCACCCAGAAAAUCAAUCUCCAUGAAUUCACCAGGGAGUUCGAACCAAAAGCUCAGAAUGUUCAGCCUGGAAGUGCCGAUCUCUGCCUUUUGACUGAGAUGGAUGUGGAUCAGGUGCUUCAAGCGUUUCUAGAGGCAGGAAUUGAGGUCCUGGAGGGCUCUAAAGUUGUGGACAGGACCGGGGCACAGGGGAGGAUACGAAGUGUGUACGUGCGAGAUCCUGACGGUAACUUGAUUGAGUAA